AUGGGAUCAGCAGUGACUCAGGUUCUCGCUGAUGCGUACAUGGCCGAAUGGAAAGCCGAUUUUUUGGCGUCACAAAGACAAGCGGAGGAGAUGUAUGUACGUUUUAGAGAUCAUAUCUUCUUCACUACUCGCCUUACUGCAUUUCAAAUCGAACAAAAGCUAGGCAUUCUCAAUAACAAAGACAUUAGCAUCAAGUUGACGUUUGAAAUUGGAAAGAGCUGUGCGUACCUCGAUGUUUUCAUUAAGGCACAGGUUCCACGCGCAUCAACAGCCGUGUACCGCAAACCGGUAGUCCAACCAUACUUACUACCGUUUGACACCUCACACCCAAUGCAUGUCAAGCGAAAUAUACCUGUGGUUUCAUUCAUUCGUGCCAUCAGGAUAUGUUCGGGUCAAGAGAAGUGUCAGGCGGAAUUCACACGAAUACGCACGCGACUACUCCUCAACAGGUACCCACCGGUAUUUAUAGACCAGCAACUCCAGCGUCUCCUCAACGACUUAAAACUCUCCUGUAAAGACGAGCUUUUUCAAAAAUACCACCCUAUUCGGACUCACCUACGCCAGAUAGACUGGAGAAAGCAGGACCCGUCGAUCAAACAACGGUGUCCCAGCAACUGGGAUACUGACCUGCUAACACAUUUUCCCUACACGCCAUCUUUAAACCGUUUUGCCACACGUUUUAACCAGCUUUGGCGGCAAAUAUUUACCGACACACCCCUUGAGCCUAUUACGCCCAUAUUCGGUUUUCGCACAACAUCUAACCUUGCCAGAACUUUUAUAAGACAGAAACCACCCAAGCAUAUACUACAACCGCAGAUAAGUCAUGCAACCACAUAGAGUAAAAAUACUCCCAACGAAAACGCUGCAUAUUGUCUCUCUCCCUACUCACUACCACCACCCCUCACUGCCAUCACCACUCACUACCACCACUCACUGCCACCAUCAUCACUCACUACCGCCACCACCACUCACUGUCACCACCCUUCACAUUCACCACGCAUUAUCGGAUGUCAAAUGCCCACUUUUUACGCGAAAAACUACCAUAAAGUAUUUUUAUUGAUUUUUCUGUGAACAAUAGCUCAGAAACUCGAAUCCAUUAAUCGUUUUAGUUUUCUUCAAAAACGUUUUUAAUCCAGCAAAAAGUUCACCGCAAAAAUGCUCCGUUUUUGCCUCUACCCUCAUGCGCCCAAUAUGUUUCGUUUUCACGCGAAACCAAAAACGUCUUUUUUCCAUGAUUUUUACCCCAAAACUGGUUAAAUACCCGUGCUGAUGCAUUUAUACGACUUGAGAAGGUGCCAGAGUGACCUGAACCACUAUACGGCCUGGCCAGCUAACUCUACCUGCGUACGUAAUUCCGUGACGUUUUUCUAUGAUUUUGUUUUAUUUGCAGAAAUUUUUGAAAAAGUCAGAACUCAAAAGUAAAUAAACCAUUUUGUAGA